AUGUGGCAAAAGGUUGAAAUUCAAGGAUCAAUUUCACCAGAUUUAGACGCUCAAGGAAAACCGACGAAAUACAAUUACUGCAUCAAUGAUAUGAUAGAAAGUACGAUGAACCACUGUAGAUCAGGUGUUUGUGUGUCUGGUUGGACUGGAACACUCUGCGAUAAAAGGGAUUGUGAUAAGAAUAAUGGGGGCUGCAACUCCAGGAUGGACUGCACACGAGAAAUAGUUAACAACGUCAUGAGGGAAAAGUGUAUCUGUAAGGAUAAUUUAGUAUCGUAUAUGGGAACUGAAUGCCUAGACAUAGCCAGAAUAAGUGAUAAUGCCAGACUAAGAGAUAAUUUAAUCUACUCCGCGAUAGCGAUAUGUGGCAUAGCAACGAUUAUAUUCAUCCUAGUUUCCGUGAAAUGUUCAAAGAAGGAGCUGUCAGUUUAUUGGAUCUCCAAAAAGCACACUGAUUUCUGGCCGAUAAACACAACUACUUCAAACACUGACAUGUUUAAACGUUUACUUGAAUACCAACAACAAUACGCUUGCACGAUUGCCAUUAAUUCACCGGUAGCUCAACUUAAUAAUUCACAACUCCAGCCUAACUAUUUACAAUCGAUUGCACCAGAAAAGUAUCAGUUUAAAGCUUAG